AUGGCAUCGCUGCUCUCGCUGCCUGUCGAGCUGCGCAUCGAGGUUCUUCUGUACUGCACGCCCCUCGCUCUGCGGCUCCUCAAAUGCACCUGCCAGCACCUCAGUGCGCUCAUCGAUGAGCCAAAGUUCGACGGACUGAUGUUCCGCACCAGGGACGUAGAUGCAGCGCUCCUGCAACGAGGCCUCGAGCUGUACACGGCCCGCAGGGCGCGUUCCACAGAGACCUCGCGAGUCCCGCUUAGCCUCCCGCUCAGACUGAUCCCGGAGCUCGGAUGGAGCUUCCUGAAAGUGAAGGCCGUUGAGAGGAGCCGCACCUGGAGCGGCGAGCACUAUUUCAAGCUGCAUCCUCUCAUCCUCAUCAAAGCCCACUUCGAGAUCAGCUACGAGGAACUUCCCGCUGCAGGAAGCGACGCGGCCGACUGCGACUUUCUCGCGAGCCGCUCCGAGGAUGAGCACAAGCCACGCCUGGCUUCCUUGGCAGCGGCAGGCGACAAUGCCACAGACCCUCCGGUCUCGCACAUGACGGUCACUGACCCGCGCACGUCGCUGGAGACGAGAAACUACAAGCUCGUUCGCAAGUCGAGCAUGGUCGGUCGCUUCCAAAUCCAUAACGAGGAUGGCCGGCCGAUUUCUGUCGAGCAGUUCUGGCGCUGCUACUGCUUCUACGCCGGCCAGGUCAAAACAAAGAUAGACAAAAAGUUGAAAGAGUAUGUCAAGGCCGACUGGGAUGAAUUGCCGAACUACCUGAUAGAAGAUGUCCGUGCAUUCUUCCAGUUCAGACAAUGA